UAAAGUAUUCUUCCCCCUUAUCAGCCAUCCUGCAAGCAAUAUCAGUGUCUGGGGAUCUUGUGUCAGCCUAGAAACUGCCGUUUAGAUGAAUAAGGAUGCAAACAGAUAGCUUUCUCUGAUAAUUAAAGACCUCCUUGAAUACAGUCAGUAAGGACAAAGUUGCGUAAGUGUUGCUUAUUUAUUGUCUCUCUUUUUGCAGGCACCAUUUUUGUCAUCAUAUUAGCUCAGAACUGGAAGCUCACAGCUCAGCUAAAAUCUGAAAUUAUUUUGCCAUGGGGCUUGAACAUUCAGCAGUGCAGCAGUGUGGGAAACUUGGGCUGUCAUUGGCAUAAUCACUCUAUUUUAUGAGCUCUUCUAGUUUCAAUCAUGUCUAACAAACUGGUAAAGAUCAGCAUUUGUAAUUUGCGUGUUAGAGGAGACUUGGCCGAUGAUAUCCUUUCAAGGGAAUGCGAUCCCACCUCCUGGAGUCUCUUAAUUUGUUCCUGUUUGUUGCACCAUGUCAGCUGCUGUGAGGGAGGGACCUGGCAAACUGAAAUUCUUGACAACUGUAACCAAGGGGCAGGCAUUGCUGCGCUUGGGCACUGGUCUGUGUGAGUGACUUAAAGCAGGAAGGAAACCGAGAAUGAGGGAUAAUAAAAUGGGGAGCUGUAGGAGACAACUAGGAGAGAUGGAAGUCUUUGAUUACGUUUGAAUGGGGAAACAUCUUCAGGGUUUGCAGGAUGAGGAGGAUAAUGAGAAAAGAGGGAGGACAUUGGAAAGAAAGGGAGAGAGAGAGAGAGAACUGUGUGCUCGAAGGAGUUGUGUGAGAGAGGACCUCAGGUGGCGCCAAAAGGGGAGGGAGGAGAAUUGGAGAGAGAGUGAGAGCAAGAGAGAGAGGGGAAAGGAAGGAGGGAGCGAAUGUGAUCGAGAGCCACAGUGGAAGAGAGAGCGAGACUGCGAAGGGGGAGAGGAAACUGUGAGCUGUUCACAGCAUCUCUGAGCACCAGCAGCGGAGGGCUGAUCUCUGUUUCUAGGUUCAUUUCUGCUUUGCCGUACUAUUUGGAAUAGAGUCAUAUGGUUUCCACGUUUUUUUUCCUCAAUUUUGAAUUACGAAUUUUAAAUUGCAUUUUGGACUUUGCACUUGGUGGGAACUGUUGUCAACCUGUUUUGGUUCACAGGUUUGAGAGCUGACAAGGACGGGAGUGGAACUGAGAUCUACAAAUUAUGUGAACAGAUUGUAAACAGAUUGAGUUUUAUGAAAUGUGUCACAAGGAAGUUGAUGAGGAGACCUUCAGUUCUACCUUGCUGGGAAUGUACAUCUAAUCAGAUGCAGAGGUUGGCAUGCCGUGAGAUGUGCAAAGCUUCGGACUAAACAGUGGACUGAAACUGAGAACAUGUGGAUUGCAGACGGGAUGGCCAGAUCGGGAUGCUAUCUUCAUCUUUACAGAGAAGGCACCGUCAUGUAACCAGCUAUAUACUCUUUUGGGAAAUACAGGUCUCCUUUUUUGCGUGACCUGCUUUUAUCCAAUAUGCACGGUGAAAGUUCAUUAAAUGUGAAUGGAUUGGGAGCAGAAAAGACCAAAGCCGUCGCUGUGGCCCCCCAGAACACGUUCUUGAAAUUUUGAUUAGUUCCGUUUUGCCUCACUCAGACUCCUGCAGGCUAUGAGUACUGCUUUGUGCAGCAAUAGCUCUGGCAACUCUCAUAUGCUGUCCUGUGUUUGUCUAGAGUGUUUGUGUUUUGAUUCUUAUUAUACAAGCCCAAAAGGGGUUAAGACCGAGGCCAAGAGGUCUUUAUUCUUGGAACCAAGCAUGUAAUUUUCUUGUUGACAAAUUAUCAAUUAAUUUUUUAAAGAAUUUUGGACUGCUUGAAAUUAAAUUUUAAUGCGACCCAGGAGCAUGUAUGAAUCAAGUAUGGAUUAAUUUAAAUUUUAAAAUCAUUUAGCAACUUUUAUUAUGAUUAGUUCAUCUUAUAUUGUUCUCACUGUUUAAAGAAAACUAUUUCAUAUUUCUUUCUUCAUACCGCAACUCCUCCAGUUCUGUGCAUUUCACUUCUGAGAGGACACCUUAAGGAAUUGGUCGACUUCACUGCAGAUGCUGUGGACAAUAUUGACAACCCGCAUUCAGCACUGAUAUGGAACCCCUUUGUGAUUACUGCUGCUUCCAGAAGCCUUAGUUUUAUAUGUGGAGGAAAUAUCUCUGUUUGACAUUUACAGAGGUGCUCCUAAGCAUGACUGAUUUCAGAGGAACAGUGGGCACCUUUUUUUCUUCUCCUUACGGACUGUAUUGAUUUUUGCCAAUGCUCAUUUCAUUGAGAUCCAGCCAUGUGAAAGACCGUGGCAAAGGGGAGAAGACAGAAGAUUGAGUUCUGCUGGAAGAGAUUACUAAGAAGGCACAGACACAUAGAUCAGGUUGCAGGCCAUCUGCACUGUAUUUUGGACAACGGAACCUUAUCCAAGUGGACAAGGUCCGAGACAAUGAACCAGUCAAGGUCGAUCGAACCAGUCCCCACUGCAAACGGGAGCCUCAGUGGUCACUUUAGCGUGUCCCUAAACCACUCUUGCCCUCUAGGAUGGGGACAGAACAAAGUCUUGGAGGCUUGCGUCUUAGAGACUGCGGUCAUCGUGUUGCUGACAGUGCUCAUCAUUGCUGGGAAUUUGACAGUGAUCUUUGUGUUUCACUGUGCCCCGUUGUUACACCACUACACCACCAGCUACUUCAUCCAGACUAUGGCCUACGCAGAUCUGUUGGUGGGACUAAGUUGCCUGGUUCCCACUCUUUCACUGCUCCAUUACCCAGCUGGUGUCCAAGAACCGAUCACCUGUCAGGUGUUCAGCUACAUCAUCUCCGUUCUCAAGAGCGUUUCAAUGGCAUGUUUGGCCUGCAUUAGCGUGGACCGAUACCUUGCUAUUACAAAGCCACUUUCCUACAACCAACUGGUAACACCGUGUCGCCUUCGCUGCUGCAUCAUUCUCAUAUGGAUCUACUCAUGCGUUGUGUUUCUUCCCUCUUUCUUUGGCUGGGGUAAGCCAGGGUAUCAUGGGGAUAUCUUUGAGUGGUGUGCCAACUCUUGGCCAACGUCUGCACUGUUCACUGGCUUUGUUGUGUGCCUGCUGUAUGCUCCUGCUGCUCUGGUGGUAUGUUUUACCUACUUCCACAUCUUUCGCAUCUGCCAGCAGCACAAUCGAGAGAUCAGCGAGCGGAGGGCGCGCUUUCCCAGCCAGGAGAUGGAAACUACCGAAGGGGGCAACCCUGCAGGCCAUGGGCCAGACCGACGAUACGCAAUGGUGCUCUUUCGCAUCACCAGUGUCUUCUAUAUGCUGUGGCUCCCCUACAUUUUCUAUUUCCUUCUGGAGAGCUCCCAUGUGCUGGACAGCCCUGCCCUCUCUUUUGUGACCACCUGGUUAGCAAUUAGCAACAGCUUCUGCAACUGCGUCAUUUAUAGCCUCUCCAACAGCGUAUUCCGGCUGGGGAUGCGAAGACUUUCACAGACGCUCUGCUCCUCCUGCUCUUUCAGCCCCUGCACUCAUGACGACAAGGACUUUGGAGAGCCAAAGCCGAGAAAGAGAGCCAACUCCUGCUCCAUCUGAAGAUCUACAGAGGCUUGCUUGGAUGAGUCUUAAACUGCUAAAUGUUGCUGGAAGGGAUUUGGCUCAGAUUUUCAAGUAAUUGUAAUGUGAACCGCAACGGAGAUUACCACCCACAAUCAAGGGUCAAGAAGUUGUCUAGUAGUCAUGUGAUCUACAUUCCCUGUACAUAUUAAGAUUACACCUGCCGUGGUCCUGUAAAUACCACUGAAUGGUAACAGUCUGUCUGACAAUCUAAAGAUAUGCAGCUUUUGGAGAGUUCUUGAGCAAAAAAAAUGUACAAGACAAAGACAGGGGGUGGGUUCAAAGCUCUUACUCGUAAUGGUUCUUUCCAAAUAUAGAGCACAGUUGGCUAUUUUUAGGCACAUUAACCAUGUCACCGGAUUGGUUGUUUUGAUGUUUGUUGAAUUUGUUUUGUGUCGCAACUGUAUCUAUAAAAACAGUUGCUCUACAAAAGGAAAAGAGCUUGAAGACCUUGUUAACUUCUUCAGUUUAGCACAGGUUAUCUUCUAGUGGUUUUAUGGAACAGUGUGUCUUGAAUCUAUAACACACACAAAGGCAAAUCACGUCAAAAAGCGAUGUAGCAAAACGACAAACAGCUUGGUCUGUCUUUAUUUUUUCAAAACCUUCAAAACCUAGAUCUAAUCUUUUUGUAGGAAAUCUUGAAAUUCCACAUGCGCACAAUAUCAACAAAUGCCUGUAAUAGUUGUGGACUAGUUUAGAUCCUCAGUGGUGUACAGCCUUAGCUGUUUGUAAUUAGACCUAUUUGCCUGCAGUUGCCCUUUGAGAAACAUGCAAAUACAGCAUGUUUUAUUUAUUUUUUUAUUUUUGCAAGAUGAGCUUUAACUUGUCAUUUGUAUUAUGCUUUUUUCACACUCAUUUCAAUGGAUGAUUAUCCAAAUAUGUUUCUUUGUCUGAAGUCUACAAUUGAAAUUUUCAUUCAAUAUGUUAGUAACUUUCUUAGUUACUAUUUUCUUGAACAUUGUAAGCAAAAAGUACACAAUUUUUUUCCAUUAUUCUGAGUUCCCUUUUUUUAUAUAUAUUUCCAAUUAUUUUUCAAAGAUUUACUGAUUUACUGCAUAUGUGACUCUCUGAAGCAUUAUACUUCUGGUCAUUUUGCUUCCUGCAAUGACUUUUUUUUAACUUAAUCAUCACCAUGAAAGCCAUUUUUGUGUAAUACUACAGAAAAUACAAUAUAUGGCUGCUUCUUUUAAAGAUUGCAGUAGUUUGGGGCUGUGUUAAACCCAUUACUAGAGGCUGGUAUUGGUGAUUUAUUAAGCUCCUGCUUUUUGAUAGAAAAUCUUUUUUUGUUGCAGUUUGUUAAUUUCUGUGAACUGUUAAAGCCCUGUACAUGCUGAACUUUGCAGCUGUAAAAAAAUCACAGUACAACUAGGCUAGAUGAUGUGCAUUAGAUAAAAAAGAUAAGAAUAGACUCACUAUUAAAUAAAAAUGUUUAUUUUUUAAUUUAGUAACUUCAAAGUAAAGGAACUAUUUAUUUAUUUAUUUAUUUGUUUUUCAAUGUCCAAUGGAUAUAAUACUGAUGAACUAGCAGUAUAUUCCUGUAUUGAUUUUGCUGAUGAACCUAUGGUGUCUCUGUCCAGUUUAUUUCUUGAUUAGGAAAGGAGAACAAAAAUACAAUAUAUAUAUAUAUAUAUAUAUAUAUUUAGUUCAGAAAUUUUGUUCGAUAUUUGUGAGGCACUUUUGUUUUACUGUUGCUGCCAGUGUAAUAAAUGUGAAAAUGAACACUGA